AUGGUGCGUCUCGAGACUUCGGAUAGCCUUCGGUAUCCGAUUAGGAUCACGAAGCUGCUGAAAAAGGCCGGCGACCAGGUUGCGCGCAACGAGGCCGUCUUCUACUAUGAGUUCAAGGGCUUUCGCGAGGAGUUCGACGAGGACACGAGGGAGACCGUCCCCGUGGAGCGAUGGUGGCCGUCUCAGUACGAGAGCGAGUUCGAAGGCACCAUCACAUCAAUACGCAUAAGCAAGGAACAGGAGCUCACGCGACGAACCCUCGUUGGGGAGAUCGAGGAGGCAUGCCGCCACGAGGUCCAGUUUGGUGGCCUUUGUGCCGAUUGCGGCAAGGACGUCAACGAGAUCACCUCAUACAACGAGACCACGAGCUUGGCAUCGCGAGCCACUAUCAACACAACCCACGGACGGACCGACCUGUUGGUGUCCUGUACUGAAGCCUCGAAAGCCGAUGAGGAGGCCAAACGGCGGCUACUCGAAACACGACGAUUGAGCCUGGUGGUCGAUCUGGACCAGACUGUCAUUCACGCAUGUGUGGAGCCGACGAUUGGGGAAUGGCAGAAUGACCCGUCAAACCCCAACCACGAAGCUGUGAAGGAUGUCUGCAAGUUCCAGCUAGCCGAUGAUGCGCCUGGCAGACCCGGCACAUGGUAUUACAUCAAGCUUCGACCAGGCCUGAAGGAGUUCUUGACGACCAUGUCGCAGUACUACGAGAUGCACAUAUACACCAUGGGCACGCGUGCCUACGCCGAGAACAUUGCGAAGAUCAUCGACCCAGAUCGUGCUGUGUUUGGAGACCGCAUCCUUUCCCGAGAUGAGAGCGGCAGCAUGCAAGUGAAGAACCUGAAGCGCCUGUUUCCGGUAGACACGAAGAUGGUUGUUAUCAUUGACGAUCGAGCGGACGUCUGGGCCUGGGUCUCGAACCUCAUCAAGGUUAAAGUGUUCGAGUUCUUCGUCGGCAUCGGUGAUGUCAACAGCAGUUUCCUCCCAAAGCGACCUGAACUCGAGGCGAAGCCGGAGUCUGCCAAGAUGGAGAGAGUGCCUUCUAAGAAGACUGAUGCAGGAUCUGAUACCAGCGACGCAACCACGAACAGUGACGCCUCGGCGACCAGCACUGCCCCAACCACUCCUCCCGCAACGAACGGCGCAGUCUCUGCUGUUGAACAAAUGGUUUCCAUGGCAGGGAAGCAAGAUGCCGGCAGUAUAAAGUCCAAGGAAGAAGAGCAGGACCAGACAAUCGCGAAACAAUUGGACGAUCGUCCGCUGCUGCAAAAGCAGAGGAUCCUUGAUGAACUCGAGAAAGAAGAAGAGGCUGAGGCCGAGGCGUCGCCCGCAGCUGAAGCUGCUGUGGAGCUGUUGUCCGGUAAUGGGGAGAAACAGAAAGACGCUCCAGACACUGCACCGAAGAAGCACUAUCGGCACAACCUACUCCAAGAUGAUGACACAGAGCUCCAGUACUUGACCCAAAGCUUACGCAACAUACACGCAGCGUACUACGAGGAGUACGAUCUCGAAACUGCUGGGAGCAAGGGCAGUCGAGUUGCUGAGCUUCGACCCGGACACACGAAGAAGCGAUCUGUCGACCAGUUUGAGCACAUCCCCGAUGCUGCAGUCAUCAUGGACGACAUGAAGCGAAAAGUGCUGGCAGGUGUCAAUCUUGUCUUCUCCGGGGUUGUCCCACUGGGAGUGGAUGUCCAAUCUCAUGACAUGGCAGUCUGGGCAAGGAGCUUCGGUGCUAAGGUCAGCGAGAACAUCGGAAAGAAGACGACACACAUCAUAGCUUCGCCAGACAGGCGGACAGCCAAGGUGCGGCAAGCAGCGAAGAAGGGCAAUCGCAUUGCUAUUGUGAAGCAAAGUUGGCUCUUCGAUUGCUUCAGCCAGUGGAAGCGACUGGAUGAGAACCCAUACCGCAUCCACUCGGACGCUCCUGCCAAUGGAUCGACCGGCCUGCCAGAAAGCUUCGAGCACGAGACCAAGGACUACAUGCUGUCAUCGUCGGAUGAGGAAGCUGCGCAAACAGAAGACGAGACCGAUGGCACCGAAACACCCAACGGCAAUGGUGGGCUCACAAUAAAUACAGAUCUCAAUGACGAUACCGACCUGGAAGAGCUUGAAAAGUACGCACCAAAGCUAUCGCGCGAGGACAGCAGUCCCAUACUGGCCGAGAAUGCUGAGGACUGGGACGCGAUAAAUGCGGAGCUCGAGGAUCUAGAAAGUGGCUCCGACAGUGAAGCUGAAAGCACACGAUCCCAUGACUCGACAUAUGUUGAGUCGUCUGCCAAGAAGAGGAAGCAGGCAGAUCGAGAGUCAGAGGACGAGGCGGAUGGCAGCCGACUUUCGAAGCGCAAGAAGGAAGCAUUGAGUCGGACCACCAGCUUGACCAAUAUGAUCAAGACAGCCGAGUCCACACCUCGAGCGAACAUGGAGGACGAUGAGACGGACCAGCCCGAGGAUGCAGAUGAUGACUAUGAUCUGGAAGCAGCUCUCGAGGCAGAGAUGGCCAGGGACAGCGAAGACGAGGGAGCGGCUGCGGAAACGAAUGGGACUGGCGAUGCAUAG